AUGGCUAAUAUCAAAAAUAAAAACAAAGUGUCUGAAUUUGUGUUACUUGGACUUACUGAUUCUCCUGAGCUCCAGACUUUUUUCUUUGUAAUAUUUUCUGUUUUCUAUUUGAUAACUAUGUUGGGCAACAGCCUGAUUUUGCUCACAGUUCUGUCUACCCCACACCUUCACUCUCCCAUGUAUUUCCUCCUUAGCAAUCUGUCUUUCAUUGACAUGUGCCUGUCCUCCUUUGCUACUCCAAAGAUGAUCAUGGACUUCUUUGCUGAGCGUAAGACCAUCUCCUUUGAGGGCUGCAUUUCGCAGAUCUUCUUUUUGCACCUUUUCACCGGGACUGAGAUUGUGCUGCUGAUCUCCAUGUCUUUUGACAGGUACAUUGCCAUAUGCAAACCUCUACAUUAUUCAACAAUAAUGAGCCAAAAAGUGUGUGCUGGGCUUGUGGUAACCUCUUGGACAGUAGGCUUCCUGCAUACAAUGAGUCAGUUAGCUUUCACCCUCUAUUUACCCUUCUGUGGUCCCAAUGUUGUAGACAGUUUCUUCUGUGACCUUCCUUUGGUCAUCCAGCUGGCCUGUAUAGAUAUAUAUGUUCUUGGAAUCUUCAUGAUCUCUACCAGUGGUGUGAUUGCUCUUGUAAGUUUUCUGCUUUUGCUCACUUCCUAUAUCAUUGUUCUUGUCACAAUCAAGGACCACCACUCCUCUACAGGGACAUCUAAGGCUCUUUCUACCUGCACUGCACAUUUUAUAGUUGUGUUUAUGUUCUUUGGGCCUUGCAUCUUUAUCUAUGUGUGGCCUUUUACCAACUUCCUGGUAGACAAAGUUCUGUCUGUUUUCUAUACCAUCUUCACCCCCUUUCUGAAUCCACUUAUCUAUACCUUUAGAAAUCAGGAAGUGAAGACUGCUGUGAAGAAGAAACUAAGUAAUCAAAACUUGAAUCUUGGGAAAACUACUUCAAGAUACCCAGUGCAAUGA